UACUAUUCUGGCGUAAUAUGAACAGUGAUAUUGAAAACUUCAUUAAAAACUGUAGCAUAUGUAACAAGUUUAGAAAGGCAAACUGUAGAGAACCGCUCAAAUCUCAUGAUAUUCCGUCGCGUCCGUGGACAAAGUUAGGAGCAGAUUUACUGGAGUUCAAAGGAAAGCAUUAUUUACUUUGUGUAGACUAUUACUCUAAAUAUCCAGAAAUUGCAUUGCUUCCGUCAUUGUCUAGUGUAUCGACAAUUUCAGCAUUUAAGUCCAUGUUUGCCAGGCAUGGUGUUCCGUCAGAAGUUGUAAGUGACAACGGACCGCAAUUUGCAUGUGCUAAUUUCAAGAACUUUUCACAUGAAUGGGACUUUAUUCACACAACUUCAAGUCCGCGUUAUGCUCAAUCCAACGGAGAAGCUGAACGUUAUGUACAAACAAUUAAGGAUAUGUUCAAGAAAGCUGAAGAAGGACAAAGUGACAUUUACAUUUCCUUAAUGGAGUACCGUGCAUCUCCUAUCGAAGGAGUAGGACUUUCACCCGCACAGUUGUUGUUUAACCGACAGUUGAAAACAAAACUUCCCAUGUCAACGGAACUUCUCGAGCCGAAAGCUUUUGGAUCAAAACAAAAAGAACUAAUGGAACGUCAAAAACGUCAAAAACACUUCUACGACAAGACGUCAAAACCGUUACCGAGUGUUGCGCCAGGAGAAAUUGUCCGCUUUAAGAAAGAAGAUAAAAGUACUUGGGAACCAGCAAUAGUUGACACAGAACACAGUAAACGUUCUUAUGUGUUACGCGCCGAAAAUGAUAAACUUUAUCGACGAAACCGAAAACACUUCUUAAAAACCAACGAAAAAGUGUUUAACAAGGACAAUUCACAAAAUGACCUUGAGUUUCCAAUGGUGGACAAUUCAAUCGACCGCGAACCGCCAACAGUAACAAAUCACGAUCAACAAGAAACACAAAACCAAGCUUCCGCGCCGACCGAUCCGACAACUGUAACAAGAUCUGGACGCAUCUCAAGGAAACCAGCGUACCUCACAGAACACUUUGUGUGAAAUACAAAAACUGUUAAAUUGUUCAAUUCAGUAGUUAAUAGUAGUUAGUUACAUUUUUCUUAAAUUUUCUAG